GACUUUGCUUUGAAUAAAAAUUUCCAAAAAAACUGAAACAGAAAAAAAAAAAAAACGAAAACGAAAACGAAAAAGAAAGCGAAAGCGAAAGCGAAAGCGAAAGCGAAAGGGGAACGAAGACCACAGAGAAGAAUAUUUGGUUUUCCUCUUCAGAUCUUACUAUUGAUCCUUCUGGUUUUAUGAUCUCGUACUGCUAGUUACCUCUGCAUUGAACCUCCUGAAAACUAGUACAGAGUAUUCUGCGGUAAGGUCACGCUAUUUACAUAUGGAUAGUUGCGAUAGCAACAACCAGCAAGAAUGGAUAGAGAGGGUGAAAUCUGGAGGCGCUGUUCCACUUUUUGAACCAGAUAACUGCUCCAGUGGUUGGGCUUCUCCCCCAGGAGACAAGUUUAUGGUCAGAGGUCCAGAGUACUUUUCUACAAGGGUUAAGAUUCCUGCAGGGGAAUGCCUUCUAAAACCUCUUGGAUUUGAUUGGAUAAGAGGGGCUACGAAGAUUGUGGAAGUUCUAAACCAUCCAAAUUGCCGCAUUAGGAAGGCUCUUCAAGAUGAGUUUCCUGCAGGUGGUGAACCCUUUGUUUGGGCUUUCAAUCUUCAAGUCCCAAGCAAGGAAAAUUAUAGUGCUGUGGCAUAUUUUGUGGCAAUGGAGGCAAUCCCGGAGGGGUCCUUGAUGGAACAGUUCUUAAAGGGGGAUGAUGGAUUUCGAAACUCGAGGCUUAAAUUGAUAGCCAACAUUGUGAAGGGUCCAUGGAUAGUUAGAAGAGCUGUUGGUGAGCAGGCGAUAUGUAUACUUGGACGAGCAGUUUCUUGUAAGUAUUUUAUAGGACACAAUUACAUAGAAGUUGAUGUUGAUAUUGGAGCUUCAAUGGUUGCAAAUGCAAUUGUUCAUCUUGCAUUUGGCUACAUCACAACUCUGACUGUUGAUCUAGCAUUUCUGAUUGAGAGUCAGACUCAGUCGGAGCUUCCAGAAAGGAUCUUAGGAGCUGUAAGAUUCUCGGACUUGAACCCACCUUCAGCCAGGUCAAUUGAGCCACCAUCUACUGAGGGUGUCAGAAAUUUGCAAUCUUCUCUGCCAACGCGAUUUUGGAAAUCGAUUGGACAAGGUUUCUCACACCUUAUACACCCGGGUGCUCAGGAAAGUAGCUCUGGUUCUAUGUCUGCACAUGUCAAUGGCAAUGCCAAUCAUGAAGACUGCAGUGGUAGCAGUACUAAAAAAUGAUCCUUUUCAGCUUCAUUUGUGGCUUCGUUGAUGUCAGCAGAUCGGUUUGGCCCAUGGGAAGGAUGAAACCUGACAAUACUAAAUAUCCGGAAGCUGUAGCCAUCCGGUAUAUUGCACUGAGUCAUGCUGAUUCUGUGAAUCUUCCCUCAACUAAAUUAUUUUACUCUUGAGCAAAUUGGCAUGGCUGAGCCGCUGAAUGCAUUAUUAGAUGGCCCCUCUGUUUUUCACAGGCUGGAUUUCUUCGCUGUGAUUAUAGGGCACAUGGAUCAUUGCCAUCAAGCUGGUUGUUUAAAUUGUUGUCAGCAUGGAAUUUUUAUUACUUCUUGAUGAUGAAAUACUUACGUACUUGCUUUAGGCACCGAACGAAUUUUCAGUCUUGAAUGUUUCUUCACCAUGAUUUCUCAUGAAUUAUGAUCCAUAUCGUAUGUAAUUGAUUCAUACAGAAUUGAUUUAUGUGCUUAUUAUUUUCUCAAUCAAUGAACCUUCCCGGAAGCAAUCCGCUAAAA